UAUUUCUUGCUUUCUGGUCAAGGGUUCAAUAAAUUCGCCUCACGGAUAGCCCAGAUCAGAUAGCCACUACCCAAAAUUUUCUUCUUUUUCUUCUUCUGGUGCUGCAGUAUAAUGGAAGCCCAAGCAGAAACUCCCUGCAGUAUAGUGGAAGCCCAAGCAGAAACCAGGGAGUGCAACAAGGGUUUCUCUCGCAGUUAUAUGAUAUUGAAACCUGAGGAAGUGAAAUUCGUUGAUCUGUUUCGCAUCUUGUUUUCAAGUAACUUAGAGGAUAGAAAAUUUGUGGAUAGUUCUGAGGGAACAGCAGAAAGUUUCAGGCAGAGAUGGCUAAUAUUCAUCUCGAUUGUGGCUCAGAAGUUCCUGAUGUUCACUUCCAAGCCAAUGUCAUGGAUGGGAUCAGUGAUCGAGAUGUGGCUCAACCUUCUGUCAGUUAACCAGAAUUUUUUUGUCCUCAUGAUGAAUCUCGUACGAGGAAAGGUUGUGAAGCCAGAUAAAAAGUCAGCAACAUUUAUCUCUUUCAUUGGGAAUUUAGACAAGAGAAUGAAGCUAGACAGUGACAUCAAACCUGGACAUGGAUGCAGCUAUUAUUCGGCUUUGUCUAUGAUGGCUUCCAAAGCAUCAUAUGAGAACGAAGCCUACAUCGAAACUAUUGUCAAGGAUCAUUGGAAGAUGGAAUGCUUAGGAUUUUAUGACUACUGGAAUGAUUACCAAGAAAAAGCCACAACACAACUCUUAAUUCUUCGCGAUAAAAGUGAGGACCAUGACACCGUUGUUGUUGCCUUUAGGGGAACGGAACCAUUUGAUGCAGAUGCAUGGUGUUCAGACUUUGAUCUGUCUUGGUAUGAGCUUCCCGAAAUGGGAAGAAUCCAUGGCGGCUUUAUGAAAGCCCUAGGCUUGCAAAAGAACGUAGGGUGGCCAAUCGACUACGGAGCAAACGAAAACCGGAAAGCAGAGUUAGCUUACUAUGCCGUAAGAGAUAAGUUAAAAAAACUCCUGAGCACAAGUGAAAAUACAAAAUACAUACUGACAGGCCACAGUUUGGGUGGGGCGUUAGCAAUUCUAUUUCCUGCAAUUUUGUUUCUCCAUGAAGACAAAUUGCUGCUGCAAAGAUUGGAAGGGGUUUACACAUAUGGCCAACCGAGAGUAGGGGAUGAGAAGUUCGGACAGUAUAUGGAAAACAAGUUGGAGGAACAUAAAAUUAGAUAUUUCAGGGUUGUUUAUGGCAAUGACAUGGUGCCAAGGCUGCCUUACGAUGACGAGGAUCUUCUGUUCAAGCACUUUGGUACCUGCCUCUACUAUAACAGGCACUAUCAAGGAAAGGUUGUUUCAGAAUUACCAAACAAGAACUAUUUCUCGCCUCUAUCGGCCAUUCCGAUGAUGAUAAACGCCAUGUUUGAGUUGAUAAGAAGCUUCACCAUACGUUAUUCAAAGGGACCGGAAUACAAAGAAGGGUGGUUCCUAAGAGUUUUUAGAAUAAUUGGAUUGGUGAUGCCUGGAGUUUCAGCUCAUUCAACUCAAGAUUAUGUUAACUCUACUCGUCUAGGAUCGUCAGAUGUUUUUCUUCCACCCGAAGAGAUAGUCCCAUAAUUUUGAAAAUAUUACCAUGGUUGGCCUGGUCGAAAUUUGACAUUGCUCUUAUGAAAGAAUGAGUGAACGAGGGGCUUUAGAUUUAAAUUGUAAAAUAGAAUUAUUAAUGUUUAUAAUUUAUUUUGGUUCUGUUAUUUUUAAAUAUGUUUGUGAAGACAUUGUCUACUUACAAGUAUUGAGUUUAUGUAAAGGGAAAAUUUUAUCCCUUUGUCUCAUUUCUCAACAUUUAAAAAUGCAUAUUUUAAAAUCAA